CGACAUUCUGAAAAAGUUGAAAAAAAGCCAAGCAACCAAACCUACGCAAAGAAAAAAAAAUGGAAGUAGAAACAGUCACAACAAUUCAAACGUAGUUCUCUUUAAGAACAAAAAGGAAGAAAAACUGAGAUAUCAUGUCUAAGAUGAAAUCUGAUCGUAAGCCUCCGCUUGCGAAAUCGCCCAUGCGCCUACGACCUCGUCGAGUCAUUCGACCAAACUCAACCUCGCUGCAAACCCCACCAGGUUCUUUGACGAAAUCCCAGAAGCCUAUCCGUACUUGGGCCGUCGAAGAAUCUGAGAUUCGACCAGAGUAUCGCUCUAUUUCUUGCGAGUUACGGGCUCUGGCGAAGAUGGUCAGAGAUGAACUCGGAAAUGGGGAACCCGAAAAGGCUGGUUUUGGUGAAACUAGUCUCAGCGCCAACUCCACUCCUCUGUUUGAGAGGGGCCGGUUUUACGAUGAGUACGCAGCCAGGAGAAACGAGAGACUUAAGAGAAAGAAAGGAGGCGAAACUGGCGAUGACUCAAAGGCUGGGCGCCAUCUUGGAGUUACAAUUGAAUCUUCAAAGAGAAGAGACUCGAAGAAGCUCGAGAGCUUGAGGAAGUCAGUGUCUGCUGCUUAUUCCGCGGAGAUGAACGAGACUCGGACUCCUAGGUACCUGCUCAGAAGUAUGAGUAAAGAGAACAAGAAACCUCCUCUCGCUGUCAACAGUGACAAGUCGUCUGUGAUUGGCAGUGAAAGGAAAACUGGGACUAGAAGAGUUAAGAGGACCUGAGAACCGGAAAUUGGGUUUUCUAUGCAAGUUUUAUUUCUUGGAUUUUUCUUUUUAAUUUAGGAAAAUUGGGACUCUGUUUCAUUUUUAAUGCAUGUUUUAUCAUUAUGUUUCA